AUGAGCACUUCGAACCAACCUGAUAGCAACACAGAGUCGAAUGAAAACAACUCUGCACAAAAUAAUGCAGUGCCAAGGGAUGUCAGACUAUUGCAUCUAAUAUUUGCCACACAAGGCAUUCAAAACUACCAAGAUCAUGUCCCACUCCAGUUGAUGGAUUUUGCGCACAGAUAUACCACAUCUGUUUUAAAAGAUGCUCUAGUUUAUAGUGACCAUACUAAGACAAUCAACGCAAACACAAACUUAAACUCAACUGCAAAUACUACUGUUAAUACUGAUGAUAUCAGGUUGGCCAUUGCAGCUAGAACAAACUAUCAGUUCAAACCAGUACCUCCAAAGGAGCUUAUGUUGGAAUUGGCACAUGAAAGGAACUCAAAGCCCCUUCCACCAGUGAUUCCAAAGUGGGGUUUAAACUUACCGCCUGAAAAGUACUGCUUGACGGCUAGAGAUUGGGAAAAUAUUGAAGACGAGAAUGAUAUCGAUGUAGAGGAAUACCGUGACAGCCAGAGCAAGAGACAUAAAGUUUAA